UGCAAUGGAGCACAAGAUUUGAAUUUAACUUCGUAGUUGCUUCCCUAUUCUCUCAGCCACUCUUCUUCUCUUAUAAUAGAAGCGCAAUUGACUUGAAGGAAACUAUGAACGAUGCUACGUCCAAGUCUUUUCACAAAGUGGCUAAAAGAAUGGGGUGGAUGGAUGAGGGAGGACUGGAGGAAACAGAAAAGAAGUUGAUGAGUAAAAUUGGUAAGAGUCGUCAUGCUGGUACAAGUGGUCAUGGAUCAGCAAGUGAGUGGAGAAACUCUGCGUUGAGUGAAUCGAGUGAUGAUGAAUUUGACAGGUUUCUUAUGGAAAAAGCCACACCCAAAGCUAAAGCCACUUCACACAAGCCACGCAGUCCUGCAAAGACAGGCAGUUCAAGCAUUGUUGUGGUGAGCUCAGAUGAUGACGAUACCACUUUUGAGACAUUUCUUCAGCGGACAAAAACUCCCAAUACCAAACCCAAGAAGACAUCUAAAAGUGGCAGUGAGGACAGCCUCCAUAAUUUCAUAGUUGGCGACUACUCAUCAGAUGAUGACUUUGUUGAGCCAAAAUCAUCUUUCAAAGUUCCUAAGAAGACCAAUACUCCAACAUCCCAGCCUCAAACAAGGCGACCCCUGUCUCUGUUUAAUUCACCUGUCUUUGUCAGCAAUGAUGAGGAUGAUGAUAAUAUUGUGGUGAAGAGCACUUGGAGAAACCGUCACACGAGGCCCAAGUCACUGCCAAAGACCAGUGAGAAUACUCCUCUGUGCAAUGACGAUGAAACUUCGCCGUCACUCCCCUCUCCUCCUGCUCCAUCUCCUUUGUGUCAUCCUUCAAACGAAGCUAAAACAUUAGUGAUCUCUCCCAAGCGCACUUUUUCAGUGCCUUCUAAGCUGGAUGAUUCAAGCAGUUCUGAGGAGGAGUUCACAUCCCUGCUGGAGAGACUGAAAAAGAAAAACAAUUUCAUAGGGAAUUCAUUCCUACCGAACAACAGCAAAGAGAGCAAUAAGGAGCCUGCUGGGACAGUGUCAGUUCCUCCUGUAUCCCAAACACCAGGCUCUAAAUCAUUAGGUGUGAAGACACCCGGAAAAUCAUCGAUCUUGAAGCCCGCCGUCAGUCAGAGCGAGCCGAGACACGGUCCAACCAGCAAGAAUGUGCUGUGUAAGACCCCAGGCUGCUUCCUGCAGUCGCUCACAAAUCCCAGCUCCAGCUAUGCGGGCAGCUUUAAGCAGAACAAAGAGGCACUCACAAGUAAACUCUACCAGCUGUACAACACCACAGUGUUUGAGAGUAAGCUCCCUGUGAAUAUGUCAGUGACCUGGAAUAAGAAAAUGCGUAAAACAGCCGGCUACUGCGUUACAGGACAGGAAAAGGGUGGAGGGAACCGCUACGCCCGCAUAGAGCUGUCAGAGAAAGUUUGUGACUCUGCAGAUCGUCUCAGGGACACACUGAUACAUGAAAUGUGUCAUGCUGCAACAUGGCUGAUUAACGGUGUAAGGGACGGGCAUGGAAACUUCUGGAAGCUCUAUGCUCGCAAAGCAACACUGGCACAUCCGGAGCUGCCGAUGGUCACGCGCUGCCACAGCUAUGACAUCAAGUACAAAUUCCAGUACCAGUGCACUCGCUGCAAGAACACGAUUGGCCGUCAUUCCAAGUCACUGGACACGCAGAGAUUUGUGUGCGCCCUCUGCACUGGUCAGCUUGUCUUGUUGACGCCUUCUAAGCCACGUGCUCCCACGCCUUUUGCCAACUUUGUCAAGGAAAAUUACUCAAGUGUACGACAGGAGCUAGCAGGACAGAGUCAUGCAGAGGUGAUGCGGAAACUUAGUGCAGACUUUGCCUCAAAGACUAAACUGAGUCAAAGCUGAGCCAGUAUGCGUCCUUUACACAGGCAACCUGUGAAAUAUCUCAGUUAGAUAGUCUUACAUUACUGAGCAGCUAUGAUUCUCAAUGGGUUUUUUUCUGUUUGUCUGUUGAUCAUUAAAGUUGCUGUGACUGGAAAAACCGAAUGAAUAGAAAGUAAAUGUCUCUGAUUGUGUGGUUGUGUAGAUGAUAGCAUCAAACAGUGUCAUACUUAAUAAGUGACAGUGCCAUGGUAAAUGUCUGAUAUGAGCCUUUUAAUGCUGUGUUGGUGCGAUUUUUUUCUUUUUAAAUUUAAUUAAUUUUUUUUGUUUGUUUGUUGUUUUUUUUUUACACCUUCAAGUCUUCAAAUAAAGUUUAAUUCUUUAAUGGGGUUUUAUUUAUUCACUUAUAGUGGUUACUGGCAGUUUGGAUUAUCAGCCUUCAUCUCACAUUAUAACAAUGAAACAGUUUAAAUCGGGGGUGUCAAACAGAUUUAGAUUUCUAUAGAUUUCUGUAUUUUACACAUUUUCUUCUUACAGUUCAAGCUUAAAGAGUAAUUUCUUUCAUUUACUACAGCAGGAUUUCUUUUUCAUAUAGAAAAAGUGAGACAGUGUUGAAAUUCUACUUUUUUUUCUUAUUUGCCUGUGUUGUAACAUGAGUUGGAGGUCUCUGGUUUAAAAAAAAACGCAGCUGCAGGGUCUUGGUGCUUGAAAUGUCACAUUUUCUCUGUAAUAAUUUUACAUUGUGUUGUGUGUGUGUGUGUGUUGUCAUCAUAUAUAAAAAGCAACACAUAAAGGUUAAAAUAUGGAUAAUAUAAGGCACUAUAAACAUGAAAUAUGAACUAUAAUAAAUAUGACAAAAAAGGA